AUGGGGUCGCUGCUCUUUAACGCAGCACUCUUGGGCGGCGGCUUCGUGCUGGGCCGCGUGCGGCUACUACCACUCGCUGCGCAGGCUCUAGAUGAGCUCAUUGCAUUAUCUGCUCUGCGUAUGGUUGUCAUGGCUACACUUGUGUCGCUACUGGUGGCGUUUUACGUCCUCGUCAUUUUGCUGCCACUGCGCUGGGUGGCGAAUCAAGAAGCGCAAAGAGCUGCUGGGAGACUGAACGAGCCAGAACUGACGUCGUUUCGACGAGAAGCGCGACGUCGUGGGAGCUUUAGUGUGGAGUAUGUGUCUGACAUGAAAGCUCAUGUGUUUGCUUACUGCUAA